GUUCAUCAGAGGAAAAGACCAAGGUCGAAAGGAAAGAGAACUAAUCCAGUUCAAUAUCCAGGGAAAAAAUAACAACCGAUGGCAAAUAUACCUGCUGAUCAUGAAGAAGCUGCAGAUAUCAUCUACGGCAAGAUUCAUAUUCUUGUUGUUGAAGAGAAAAAAAGACGAAAACAUGUCCAUCAGUUUUCUCCAUCCAUUUACAGAGUUCCAAACACCCUUCGUGAUGUCAACCCAAUAUCUUAUAGCCCUCGUAUCGUCUCAAUUGGACCUUUCCAUAAAGACAUCCAAAAAAUGAAAGAAGUUGAAGUUCACAAAGUGACGUAUCUGCUUAAUCUUUUUCGUCGUUUAAGAUCCCCACGGGAUCAAACAAUGAAAGAAUGUGUCAACAGGGUGCUUGCUCAAAUAGACCAAAUCAAGGCAUGUUAUGGAGGGGAGAAGGAGACCUAUGAUGACCAUGAAUUUGCAAAAAUAAUGGUUAUCGAUAGUUGUUUCAUACUAGAACUUGUUUACAGGUCAAACGUGAACGAGAAUGAGGGUCAUUCAUUUUUUGACGACAACUUGCUCACCCUUUAUGCUAAGCAUGACUUAAUCCUGCUAGAAAAUCAAAUCCCUUUCUUUGUUCUUGAAAACAUCUUUGAGUGUACAAUUAGGAAAUUUAGACCCAGUGCCUCUCUUACUAAGCUUAUCCUGUCGUUUUUAACAGAAAUUAACCCUUUCGGGAAAGAGCUAGUGCUCAAGAAUGAAGGUGCUCAUACGAAUUAUGAUCAUAUCCUCGGGCUUUUGCAGAAAUGUUACCUGCCUUCAAAUGCUAUGCUAUCAGAGAUUUCAAAAAUAUCAAACUCGGGUGCAAAACUUUCAAAUGCAAUAACAUCGUACUCGGUUGCAGAACUGUCUAGGGCAGGGGUGAAGUUUAAGCCUUAUGUAGAUGCAAAAUGGCAACUGGCCAUGGAAUUCGAACCAUCUAGGGUUCCAUGCUAUGUCUGGUCUUGGGGUAAGCCUACUUUCAGAAUGCCUCUCCUUCAAAUUGAAGAUUAUACUGAAUCAGUUUUAAGAAACCUUAUUGCAUACGAGCAGUGCUCUCCUGCGAUUCCUAAUUACAUUACAUCAUAUGCUUUUGCCAUGGAAAGGAUAUUAGAUACUAAUGAGGACGUCCUCAUGGCAAUAGAAUCAGAAGUAGUUGUAAACAACUUGGGUUCUAGCAAACAAGCUUCAAAAAUGAUCAACAGUAUAUGCAAAGAAGUUACGGUAAGCAAAUUCUCUUACACUAASGAAUGGGGACAACUGAAAACCUAUUACGAUGGCUAUUGGCCUAAAAAUGUUGCAUGGUUGAGGCGUACAUAUUUCAGUACUCCUUGGAGCUUCAUAGCCCUACUUGCUGCUUUCGUCCUCUUUGGUCUUACUGUGGCUCAAACCUACUACACUAUCCGCCCUGCAUGAUAUCAUUUUGCGUCUAUU